GCGGCCAUGGAGCGGGUGAACGACGCUUCCUGCGGCCCGUCGGGCUGCUACACCUACCAGGUGAGCAGGCACAGCACGGAGAUGCUGCACAACUUAAACCAGCAGCGGAAGAACGGCGGGCGCUUCUGCGACGUGCUCCUGCGGGUGGGCGACGAGAGCUUCCCGGCGCACCGCGCCGUGCUGGCCGCCUGCAGCGAGUACUUCGAGUCGGUGUUCAGCGCCCAGCUGGGCGACGGUGGAGCUGCGGACGGGGGUCCCGCCGACGUGGGGGGCGCGGCGGCAGCCCCUGGCGGCGGAGCCGGGGGCAGCCGGGAGCUGGAGAUGCACACCAUCAGCUCCAAGGUGUUCGGGGACAUCCUGGACUUCGCUUACACGUCCCGCAUCGUGGUGCGCCUGGAGAGCUUCCCCGAGCUGAUGACCGCCGCCAAGUUCCUGCUGAUGAGGUCGGUCAUUGAGAUCUGCCAGGAAGUCAUCAAACAGUCCAACGUGCAGAUCCUCGUGCCCCCCGCCCGCGCCGACAUCAUGCUCUUCCGUCCCCCUGGGACCUCGGACUUGGGCUUCCCUUUGGACAUGACCAAUGGGGCAGCCUUGGCGGCCAACAGCAAUGGCAUCGCAGGCAGCAUGCAGCCCGAGGAGGAGGCGGCGCGGGCGGCUGGCGCGGCCAUCGCGGGCCAGGCCUCCCUGCCUGUGCUCCCUGGGGUGGACCGCUUGCCCAUGGUGGCUGGACCCCUGUCCCCCCAGCUGCUGACUUCCCCAUUCCCCAAUGUGGCAUCCAGUGCCCCUCCCCUGACUGGCAAGCGAGGCCGGGGCCGCCCAAGGAAGGCCAACCUGCUGGACUCCAUGUUCGGGUCCCCAGGGGGCCUGAGGGAGGCGGGCAUCCUCCCAUGUGGCCUGUGCGGGAAGGUGUUCACCGAUGCCAACCGGCUCCGGCAGCACGAGGCGCAGCACGGGGUCACCAGCCUCCAGCUGGGCUACAUCGACCUCCCUCCUCCGAGGCUGGGCGAGAAUGGGCUGCCCAUCUCUGAGGACCCUGAUGGCCCCCGCAAGAGGAGCCGGACCAGGAAGCAGGUGGCCUGUGAUAUCUGCGGCAAGAUCUUCCGCGACGUGUACCAUCUCAACCGGCACAAGCUCUCCCACUCCGGGGAGAAGCCCUACUCCUGCCCUGUGUGUGGGCUUCGGUUCAAGAGGAAAGACCGCAUGUCCUACCACGUGCGGUCCCACGACGGGUCCGUGGGCAAGCCCUACAUCUGCCAGAGCUGUGGGAAAGGCUUCUCCAGGCCUGACCACUUGAAUGGACAUAUCAAGCAGGUGCACACCUCUGAGCGGCCUCACAAGUGUCAGACCUGCAAUGCUUCUUUCGCCACCCGAGACCGUCUGCGCUCCCACCUGGCCUGCCACGAGGACAAGGUGCCCUGCCAGGUGUGUGGGAAGUACCUGCGGGCGGCCUACAUGGCAGACCACCUGAAGAAGCACAGCGAGGGGCCCGGCAGCUUCUGCAGUAUCUGUAACCGAGAAGGCCAGAAAUGCUCACAUCAGGAUCCGAUUGAGAGUUCCGACUCCUACGGUGACCUCUCAGAUGCCAGCGACCUGAAGACGCCAGAGAAGCAGAGCGCCAACGGCUCUUUCUCCUGUGACAUGGCGGUCCCCAAAAACAAGAUGGAGUCCGACGGGGAGAAGAAGUACCCGUGCCCCGAAUGUGGGAGCUUCUUCCGCUCCAAAUCCUACUUGAACAAACACAUCCAGAAGGCGCACGUCCGAGCGCUCGGGGGCCCUCUGGGGGACCUGGGCCCUGCCCUCGGGUCGCCUUUCUCUCCACAGCAGAACAUGUCUCUCCUCGAGUCCUUCGGGUUCCAGAUCGUUCAGUCGGCGUUUGCGUCGUCCCUGGUAGAUCCUGAGGUUGACCAGCAGCCCAUGGGGCCGGAAGGGAAGUGAGGCAGGCGCUGCGUCCCCAUGGAGACCGCCAUCGGGGCCGGCUGAGAAAUGCUGUGAAUGCGGAGGGAAGCGAUGUCUUUGAGUUCUGUAGCUGAGAGAUUUUUCUUCGUUUUUACCCACCCACCCGGCCCCAGCCCCAUUCCCUCUCUACCGCCCAUUCCCCCAGUGGCCUUUAGAAAUAGAUUCUCAUCUGAUACUCGGCAGAAAUGUCUGCAAGAUCUGGUAUGGGACGAGGGUGGACAACACUACACGUGCCUCCAUGGCAACACCAGUCCCGCUUCCCGCUUUCUCUUAAGAGGUGGAAGCUGGAAUUCCUGGUGCUCAGUUCUUAGCGACCCCAGUCCCAAACACAAACCCCAUGGUAUCCUGGGACCUCGGCGGUUUUGGUCUCUGCCUUCUUCUCUGACUCCUCAUUCCCCUUUCCCAUAUCCUCCAAAAGAAACCACAGUAGGGUCUCCACCCAUUUACACCUUGAUGCCCAGCUGCUUUUAAGGAAGCCGGAAGCCUGCAGCAUCCCACGGACCAUGGGGUGAGCAUCCUCUAAGAGCCCCUCUGAGCUCAGCCCUUGGCCUUGAGGGCCCAGACCCUCCUGAGCCCUGCUUGGUGGCCAACAUUUUGCUGCUAGGACAAGCUCAGCUAUUGAGGACACCCCACCCCAAAUUCCAGUUCUCACAUGAUCUUAACCAUUCAACUUGCUGUUGGGUUUGAAUUCUCUAAUUAUUAUUAUUAUUGUUAUUAUUUUUUAGGACCAGUUGUAGUGAAUUGCUACUGAAAGCUAUCACAGGUGAUACAGAGCUCUUUGUAAACCGCAGUCACACGUUAGGGUUAGUAUUCAACUUUGUUUAGAUGUACCAUAAUUAACUUGGCUAGUUGAUUGUUUGAAGUCUAUGGAAGAAAUAGUUUUAUGCAGAAUUUAAAAGAAUGCCAGUCUGGUCAGGGAGAUAAGGAAUCUAGUGCUGUUGGAAGCCAGAAAGGCACUGGAGCCAGCAGGUAGGGACGUGGUGUAGCUGGGCUGUGUCAACACAAGAGUGAUGUGCAUUGAUCUGAUCAGACUGUAUUAAAAGCGUUAGUACCUUA